CUCGGACGGGAGCGCUCCACUGGCCCCCGGCUUCUCGGGAAAGGAGGAAUUUAGGGAAGAAAAAAAAAGUUUCCCAGCAGUUCGCAUCAGGGGAAGGACGGGGAGCUGAGAGAGGAAGAGGGAGAGGGAGGAGAGGAAAGGAGAGGGAGGAGAAGGAGGGUGAAAGAGAAUUAAAAAACAAAAAAAGAUGAGGUCCACUCGGUGCAGCCUGUGAGCGCCUGCCUGGGUGGGUGGGUGUGAAGCAGGACGCGGGCGCUCGUGCAGCGAGCGGGCGGCGCUGCAGACACUAGUUCUAGCGGCCCGGGCAGCUCGGGGAGCGGAGCCCAGCCGGCGGCGGAGGGCGGGGAGGGCGCAGCGGGAGGGUGGGGAGGACCCGAGGGGCCGCCGCGUCAGACUCGGCCGCUGCGCCGCAGUCUCUCCCGGGCCGGGCCCGGCGGGCGCUAGGAGCCAGAAGGCUUGAGCUGCUCCCGGGGCAGCGGGGGCUAGCGGGGUUCAGGGUUCGGGCGGCUAAAAUGAGUGAAAGGAGAAGAUCUGCAGUCGCCCUGAGCUCGAGAGCACAUGCCUUCUCCGUUGAAGCCUUAAUCGGCUCGAAUAAGAAGCGAAAACUGCGAGACUGGGAGAAGAAGGGACUGGACCUGUCCAUGGAGGCGCUGAGCCCCGCGGGCCCCCUCGGAGACGCUGAGGACGCGGUCGCUCACGGCCUAGAGCCCCACCCGGAUUCUGAACAGAGCACUGGUUCUGACUCCGAGGUGCUCACUGAGCGGACCUCCUGCUCCUUUGAUACUCACUCUGAGAUGGGCUCGGGUGCUGCAGGCCCCGUGCCUGCUGCCAUGUCGUCCAUGGAGGAGAUUCAGGUGGAACUGCAAUGUGCUGACCUCUGGAAGAGGUUCCAUGACAUUGGAACUGAAAUGAUCAUCACCAAAGCAGGCAGGAGGAUGUUUCCUGCCAUGAGAGUAAAAAUUACUGGCCUGGAUCCACACCAGCAGUACUACAUAGCAAUGGACAUUGUGCCUGUGGACAAUAAAAGAUACAGAUAUGUGUAUCAUAGUUCCAAGUGGAUGGUGGCUGGCAACGCUGACUCCCCCGUUCCCCCAAGAGUUUAUAUACACCCUGAUUCUCUAGCUUCUGGAGACACUUGGAUGAGACAGGUGGUUAGUUUCGACAAACUCAAGCUGACCAACAAUGAAUUGGAUGAUCAAGGGCAUAUUAUUCUUCACUCUAUGCACAAAUACCAGCCUAGAGUUCAUGUGAUUCGCAAGGAUUUCAGCAGUGAUCUUUCACCCACCAAGCCUGUACCCAUUGGGGAUGGGGUGAAAACAUUUAACUUUCCGGAAACUGUAUUUACUACAGUCACAGCCUAUCAGAACCAGCAGAUCACCAGAUUAAAAAUAGACCGAAACCCUUUUGCUAAAGGAUUCAGAGAUUCUGGAAGAAACAGAACUGGACUGGAAGCUAUCAUGGAGACUUAUGCAUUCUGGAGACCUCCUGUACGCACACUUACUUUUGAGGACUUCACCACCAUGCAAAAACAGCAAGGAGGAAGCACAGGCACUUCGCCAACCACCUCCAGCACUGGGACACCAUCCCCUUCAGCUUCUUCUCAUCUCUUAUCUCCAUCCUGUUCUCCUCCAGCUUUUCAUUUGGCCCCCAACACUUUCAACGUGGGCUGCCGGGAGAGCCAGCUGUGUAAUCUAAACCUCUCUGAUUACCCACCGUGUGCCCGAAGCAAUAUGGCUGCCUUACAGAGUUACCCAGGGCUGAGUGACAGUGGCUACAACAGGAUCCAGAGUGGCACUGCUUCAGCCACUCAGCCCUCUGACACCUUCAUGCCUCAGAGGACUCCAUCCCUGAUCUCAGGAAUACCAACUCCUCCCUCGUUGCCUAGUAACAGCAAGAUGGAAGCCUAUGGUGGCCAGCUGGGAUCUUUCCCCACUUCACAGUUUCAGUAUGUCAUGCAGGCAGGCAAUGCAGCCUCCAGCUCCUCUUCACCACACAUGUUUGGGGGAAGUCACAUGCAACAGAGCUCUUACAAUGCCUUCUCUCUCCACAAUCCUUACAAUCUGUAUGGAUACAAUUUCCCCACCUCCCCUCGGUUAGCUGCAAGCCCAGAAAAACUGAGCGCCUCUCAAAGCACUUUACUCUGUUCUUCUCCUUCCAAUGGGGCAUUUGGAGAGAGGCAAUAUCUGCCUUCAGGGAUGGAGCACAGCAUGCACAUGAUAAGCCCUUCACCAAAUAAUCAGCAGGCAACCAAUACCUGUGAUGGCCGACAGUAUGGGGCAGUUCCAGGCUCCUCCUCCCAGAUGUCAGUGCACAUGGUUUAAUGGCCAGUCUGUUCCUAUGAGGUCUACAGCAGCCAAAGCCCCAGAGUCUCCAUGAGCCCCAGAGUCUCUGUCCUCCUCUUUGGGAGCCCAACAACUUUGGAAACCAGAAAUUGUGCAUUAUUAUAUUUUUCUGGAGGAGGAAAGUAUAUACUCAAGAUGGACAAAGACAUUCUAACCACUGAGGGAUACUUGUGGUGGAAUCAUCUCCAACUCAGUGGCCUUUUCAGACCUUAGUUUUAUAAAGCAUCAUCUAUUCCAGAGUGGCCUUUGAAGAAACUGAAUAAUCCUUUUAUAAUAAUGAUAAGGGAGAUGCUAGUUUGUAGCAGUUAUGAGAAGUUACCCCUUCACACAGACAUACCUACACAUGCAUACAGACAUUCAUGCACACACACAAAUAUAUUCCUACAUAUGCAAACAUAUAUGCACACUGACUUGGAACUGGGUGAACUCUGUGAAGGGAGGGAGGCCCAGCAUGGAUACUUUCACCAAGAAUUUGCCUAUGUACAACAGGAGAUGGACUAAACCAGUAGUGGCUGCCAACCUUUCUUCCCUGCAACUUACUCUGUUCUUUGGCAUCAACCAUGUAUCUUGGAACCCCUCCUCAUCAGUGAGGCUGGAAAACAUCAACACUACAACUGAACUUGGCUUCCUAAAAAAAAAAAAAUCAUUUUUGGACUUUGGCUCUCUUUACUCAGUGUGCUAUUGAUGUUCCUAGUGGUGUCUAUGGAAAGAAAAAGUAAGAGGAGAGAAGGAUUAAAGAGAGAUGAGAAAGACGAGAGAGACAGAGAUAUAGAGAUAGAGAUAGAGAUAGAGAGAGAGAGAGAGAGGUGGUUAGCAAGGCUAAGAGGGGAAAAGUGAGUUGUCAUAGGGUUUAUUCACCCAGGAAAGCUGAUUUUGGUUUAUUCUCCUCACCUCCUAUCCCUUCAACUUCACCCCCAAGAGGUUUCAGAAAGGAUCACAGCAUCACGGAGGAGACCUCUCUGGGACAUUAAGAGUGGUCAGGGUAUUGGUGAGGGGGAUCGAGACAAAGAAUACAUCUUAAUACCAUAAGUCUGAUCAUCAUGAUCCAGAAGAGAGGUACACUACAAUGGAAGGUCUUGGCUGCAGAGCAUGAAGCCUUUCAGGGCAAGGGAAAUAGAAGGAGUGUGAAACUGAAGAGUCUUAUACUCGUGACAGAUGACACCAAAGAGCAUAGGUGACAAAUCAAGGCCUGGCUUGCUGUAUGCCAGAUGCAGACACCUGACCUAGUUUGCCUGCCCUGCAGCCACUGCAGUAUAAAAGGUCCUGUCACAACCUGGGAAUUGCAGCCAGGUCUGUCCCAUCCCCACCUGCCCUUAGGGCUCCAUCUGUAUCAGAUAGUUCAUUGCAUUUUGAAGUUUUGGGUUUUCAUCUUUCCCUUCCCCAUUCAAGUCCUUUAAUGUUAAGAAAACAAGUGAAGCUCAGUGCAAGCUAAACUUUUUAAGUGGUGUGGAAAUGCAAAUGAUACCAGGUAAAAUAAUACAGAUAAUAUUAAGAUUUUUGGGUUUGAGGUGUUGUAGAUAAAUGUAUUUAUGUGCCUAGUGGGGUAUCCAGUAUUAUGAAUAUUAAAAAGGAGGGCAAUAAAAAGGGUAUGUAAAAUAUGUAUGAAGAAAAGGUGUAUAAAAAUUUGCCCUCAUGCACGGAACUCUGUUUCUAAGUGCCAAGCACAGAAAGCCGCUAAAUAAAAUCUUUGCAGUUC